CUGCUGCUGUCAAAGGAGGGCGCCGGCGGUUAGGCGCGAAGCCGGCUGGCUAGGAGGCAUGAAGGGCGCUACGGUGGAGCCGGCGCUGUAAUUGCCCGCUGGGCUGGCUCUUCUUUUGGGCUUCUUGGCAGGAGAAAGGGAGCGCCGGCGAGCUCUGCCCAGCGAUGCCUUUGUGCGAUGCCCGCUCCUCGCUGAGGAGAGGAAUCGGCGCCCGAAGGCGGCUGCUGCCCGUCUGACCGACUGCGGCUACUUUGCGCGGCGACCAGCCUUCUUUUCUUUUCUCUCCUCUCCUCUCCUCCGGGCCACCUUUCUGAACUUCCAGGGAUGGCCGAUUGAAGUGCCAGGGAAGGUAACGCCGAAAAUGGGGCUUCUCUAACGCGGGCUCGUCCUGGGUCCGAGUGGAAAGGAAGGAGCAUCCCGGAAGGCUUACCCUCUCGAGCAAAAGGUUGGAGACUCUGGCUGCCUUCUUGGUCUUGGAGACCCUGGCCGCCCUCUUGGUAUUAUGUCUGCACUUCGAAGGAAAUUUGGGGACGAUUAUCAAGUAGUGACCACCUCGUCCAGUGGGUCAGGCUUCCACCAGCAGCAAGAAAAAGUGCCCCACAAGAAAAAGCGCCAAAGGUUUGUGGACAAGAAUGGCAGGUGUAACGUGCAGCAUGGCAACCUGGGCAGCGAGACGAGCCGCUAUCUGUCGGACUUGUUCACCACCUUGGUGGACCUCAAGUGGCGCUGGAACCUUUUCAUCUUUAUCCUCACCUACACCGUGGCCUGGCUUUUCAUGGCCUCCAUGUGGUGGGUCAUCGCCUACAUGCGGGGUGACUUGAACAAAGCCCACGAUGAGAAAUAUACCCCGUGUGUUGCCAAUGUCUACAACUUCCCCUCUGCCUUCCUUUUCUUCAUAGAGACAGAGGCUACUAUUGGGUAUGGCUACAGAUACAUUACAGACAAAUGCCCGGAGGGCAUCAUCCUCUUUCUUUUCCAGUCCAUCUUGGGCUCCAUUGUGGAUGCUUUUCUUAUAGGCUGUAUGUUUAUCAAGAUGUCCCAACCUAAAAAACGGGCGGAGACACUGAUGUUUAGCGAACAUGCUGCCAUAUCCAUGAGGGAUGGCAAACUCACCCUCAUGUUCAGGGUGGGCAACCUUCGCAACAGCCACAUGGUCUCUGCACAAAUCCGCUGCAAACUUCUCAAAUCUCGGCAAACUCCUGAAGGUGAAUUUCUGCCCCUCGAUCAACUUGAACUGGAUGUAGGUUUUAGCACAGGCGCGGAUCAACUUUUUCUUGUGUCACCACUUACAAUCUGCCAUGUGAUCGAUUCAAAAAGCCCCUUCUAUGACCUUUCUCAGCGAAGCAUGCAAACUGAACAGUUUGAGAUUGUUGUCAUCCUAGAGGGUAUUGUGGAGACAACUGGAAUGACUUGUCAAGCCAGAACAUCAUACACAGAAGAUGAAGUUCUCUGGGGUCAUCGUUUUUUUCCUGUCAUUUCCUUAGAAGAAGGAUUUUUCAAAGUAGACUACUCCCAGUUCCAUGCAACCUUUGAAGUUCCUACUACACCUUACAGUGUGAAAGAACAGGAAGAAAUGCUGCUUAUGUCCUCCCCUUUAAUAGCACCAGCUGUAGGUAACAGUAAAGAAAGGAAUAAUUCUAUAGAAUGUCUAGAUGGCCUCGAUGACAUUGGUACAAAGAUACCCUCCAAACUACAGAAAAUGACUGGAAGGGAAGACUUUCCUAAAAAACUGUUGAGAAUGAGUUCUACUACUUCAGAAAAAGCCUAUAGCAUGGGGGAUCUUCCUAUGAAACUUCAGCGAAUAAGUUCUGUUCCCGGAAACUCAGAGGAGAAACUGAUAUCUAAGACCACAAAAAUGUUAUCAGACCCUAUGAGCCAAUCUAUGGCAGACUUGCCACCAAAACUUCAAAAGUUAUCCGGAGGAGGAGGAGGCAGAAUGGAGGGAAACCUUCCCCCAAAGCUGAGAAAAAUGAAUUCCGAUCGAUUUACAUAACAGGAACAAACUUUUUAGGCAUUACUUGAAUUGCCAUUAUAUAUAAUUGGGGGCAGAAAAGCAAACACAUUUAAAUAAUAUUUGGUGACUGUGUUUCUUUAUAGUUUCACAUACUCUGGGAUAAUACUCUUCCCUUUUAAGGACUGAUGAAAUCUACAAUAAAAGAUCCGGAAGUUCAGCUUAGGGUCAAUUUGAAAGCUAAUAAGCUAAUACUAUUUGGCAUGUAGUAUCAUCACAAGCAUGCAAUAAUAGUGUGCAAAUUUUGCAUAUAGUUUUAUGGCAUGGUUCUUAUUAUAUUUAUACUGUAUAUUCUGGGGAAAAUGUAAAUGGAGUGUUAAUUCUCCUAUAUUUCUUAAGCUUUGAUUAAUCAAAGCUUAAGUGAGCUACUAACAGGGCAGAUUAUAAUUUAUAAGGGCACAAAAUCCAGCAAAAGAUGAACAUUUCAGGCAUGAGCAUGUGCCCAUUGCAUCCUCCAUUUCCUUCAAAAAAGACAGGGAGUUUUCUGCUGAAACAUCUCCCACUCACUCAGUAGCAGCAGCAGGUCUCACGAGAGUAAGGAAACGUGCAGGAGAAGGCUAUACAUAAAUAAGAAACUGAAUCAGAUCUUUGGUUAAUCUUUAAAUACAUAUUUAAUUACUUUCCAGUCAAUAUAGUUAAAUGUGUAUAUUGGCUGAAUCAUGACCAUUUUUUUUCCUGAUGUAAAUUGUGAUGUUUUCUUCAGACAGUUACAGUGCAUGUUUUCUUUGUUCAAAUAAGGCUAUAGCUAUUAAGAAUUCUGAACACCAAAACUUUUAAGCCUUAAGCUUUUUUUUCUUGCUUUAACACUUUCCCCAGUUUAUUUCGCUAUAUGGAUACUCUAGCUUUUCUUUACCUAAAAGUCAAUUCUGGUUAGAAGCAGGCAAAAUUACAUGGCAGGCAGAGUUCUAUUUUAGGCAGAGGUCAUAAAAUCAAGAAAUUUGUUGUGAUACAUGCUUGUUUCAUUUUCAUUAAAAAUAAGUAUGAAAUAAAGUUCAACAUGGAAAUAUUUUCUUGAUUUAUUAUACUGAUGGCUUACUCUGAUACUUCAUACAUUAAGUAAAUUCCUUUCUUCUUAUUAAUUAUUCAUAUCCAUAUUCAUCCUACAGAAAAGUUAGGUUCAGAUAACCCAGGGCCUCAAAAGCUUACUGUGAAAGAUGUGUAAUCCCUUGUGAAGAGCUUUUUGGAAAUCUGUGAGCGCAGAUAGGUUCAGAGCUAUUCAUAGCUUCUUAGAAAUCAAAGACCUCGGGAAUAGUCAUCUCAAUAGUUAUUAUAAGGUUCCUGAUUAUUGGAAAUUAACUUGCAGAUUAUUUUAUGACAAUAGCAUUUGUCAGGGUCUGCAGCUUCAUUAAUGAAAACAGCUUUUUUCUCCACAGUACAAGCAGCCUAAUCAUCGAUGCAGUCUUGCCUAAGUCCACCUUAGCUGUACAAAGGCAAAUAAAGACAAAUUAUAACAGUAACUACUAUGCAUUAUCAGAAAUAGACUAAGCAGCUUUAGUGCCCUUCUAUAAGGUCUAUGGACCGCUUCCAACGGAUGUACAAAAAGGAUUAAAAGAUGCAUUUGCAGCCCAAGGUUGCACUUCCCUUGCAAAAUAGGAAAACAGAUCACGGGUAAAAGGCACAAAUCAGUUAAAAGGGCCAUACUUGCAACUCAGAGCAGGCAGUUCUACUGUCGUUGCAUUAUUAUGCUACUCGUUCUUGCUUCUACAUGCCACUGAAUCAACCAAAAUGAUAUUAAACAAUCAGGAAGAGAUAAUGAUAAUUCUACGUUAUAAAUAGCCAAAGGACUUAGAGAUUCUUGGCUGGAGGCACAUCUACAUCCUGUACCUUGUUUUCCAAGGUUAUUCCCAGCUAUUACAUGUAUGUAAAGCCAUCCAAAUGUAACUUAUACUCAUUCAGAAGCCACUAUAGUGGAUUAAUGAAGAAGGGAAGCCUUCAUCAGAAUUCAACUGUAAGGAUCAGUGAGAUUGGGGGGGGGGGGACUUGCAGGUAUAAUUUAACAGUAAAAAUGCAAGUCUUCUCUUUUUUGGGCUAUUUUAGCCAACACAGAUUUAGAAUCUUAUAAUUCUUUCAUGAAAUUCUUAUAACCAUAGUCCAAAAGAGUACCAAAAAACCCAGAAAUACGUAAGUACAAUCUCACUGCACAAAAUCCUAUAAUAAUUUUGUUUACAGUGUGCUACACACACAAGACAUCAGGGAUCAAGGAGUAUCAUUGCCAGAGGUGCCUGUAGGGUAGGAAAAAUGUUUUAACACACAAUCCAGUUGGCUUAAUUAUGGAAAUUGUGUUACAUGCUACAGGAAAGGAUGAAUAAAUACCUUGGGGAAGAUUUCUUCUAAGUAAGCUAAAACCAAGCAUUCAAAGCAAUGACGAUCGAUAAACCUCAGAGCAGAACCACUCUCAUUGUGUAACACAAAACCUUCAGCAAGGAACUAAGAUACUUUAGGUGACUCCAAGGGCUUGUGUGCUCCCAGAAGUGUAUUUGACUUUUUUUCCUUUUCUGUUAGAAACUGGUUCCUAGGCCAUAUCAGAAACCACUUCUGGAGCUCCCUGCAAUAUGCCAUAAUUUGAAAUAGGGAACUGUUCACCGAAAAAGAAAAGUCCAAAAUUACCUUGAGAAUUUAGUGCUAGCUGUGCUAUUCUUUAGACUUUGUAACUUGGAGCCUUGGGUUGAAUUACAGUUCUGCAACCAGCUUAAUCAGUUAAUGCCUGGAAGGUGGAAAUCUGGCCUUAGACCUUUUUUCUUUUGCCAUGAAGCAAAACCAGAGGAGGAAAAAAAUGUACAAAUGCAGAAAUCAAUGAAACCUGCACCAUUCCAGCAUUGGAAUCACAAAUAUUAACAAUUCAAGCUUUCACAGCUGGUAUCAAUCCAAUGGGGCCAAGCUUCUGAGCUAAUAAGCCAUGACUAAUUAUCUGGUAUACUGACAUUUCACCAGCAACAAUGGCUGGUAUCUUCUGAGGUAAAGUGAUCACAGGUAACUGAGCAGAAACUGACAGAGCUCUUGUAUUUGUAACAGAAUUAAUCUCUAAUUGGAUAAUGUCACUGGAAAGCCGGUUUCUGAUUGGUUCUUUAUACAAGUGAAUUUGUAAUUGGUCUGAUUUUAACAAGUUCCAAAGGGGCUAAUUUUUUUUUAUUGGUCUGUCCGAAACCAGCUACUGAUUAUUAUUUUUUCAGGUAAGACCGCUGAAGAUUCUAUAAAGUGUGGUUAAUCAAGGGCUCUUUUUUUUUUAGGGUGACAUAAAACUGGAAACCAGGUUUUGUUAACAUUCAGACUUUCUUGUUAAUGUUGGAGUGUUUAUAAAUCUCAAUAGCUUCUCUCUGUAAUUGUGCAUGACAAUUUGACAUGAUUACUAAUACUUGUGUGUCUUUAAAUUGAAUCUAUGCCCAUUAUGUAGCAGUGGGUGUUCAGCUACCACUGAUUUUCAAGUUGUAAUAUUUCCCAUGUUCUUUUAGUUGAAUAUUUUUUUUUAGUUCCAAUACAUACCUAUGUACAACUGCAAGGUUUGUAACAAACUUCCGAUGAUGAAAGAUGACUUCUGCCAUCCUUAAGUGAAUGAAUAAUUUCUUGGAUUUUUCACAUUGGUUUGUAGAUAGUUUCUAAGUUGUAUUUCUCCAGUAAUGUUCAGUUUGGUUUGUAAUUUUCUCAAUAAAAGGAGAACCACCUUUCCUACUCUGGGUAUAUAGUUUGUUCUUUGAUGUACUGUAUAUGUGAAGCUGUUUUUACUGUUGGAUUGCAUCACUUAGAUGAUCUCACCUCCAGAGGAACCAUUAGCUGGUAAAGUCAUGAUAUUUUAACUCAUCCAGUAAUCUUUUCAGAUUACAAAUAAGUCAAGUAUGAUCAGUGGAAGUUUUAAUUAUACUUUACUGAAGGAGAUGAUGGGUAGAAUCAAUAGUGAAUUAAAUAGAAUUAAAACCAAAUACAUGUUGAUUUUUAAUAUACUGUAUGUUCAAAUUGUUUUUUUUUUAAUGAUUAGAACAUCCAAAAAUACAAGUUGGCCAUUCUUCUCUUUCAUCGUAAAUUGAAUAUUUUAGUGGACCCAAUUCAGAUGUUCUAGAAAUUUCUUGAGUUCUUCCUCACCAUAACUCCAGUUCACAAAAAAGUCAUCCACAUACGGUUUUAAAGCUGCAAUGUCUAGUCAACAUUGUUCAAAUUUCUGUAGGUAGAAAUUAUAGAAACUGAACUCAGUGGGUACCCUAUGUCAUCACAUUUAAUUUGCUCAGAGAAUUUGAUGUUCCCCUGGAAAUAAGUGCCAGUUAGGUCAUGAUGGAAUAAAUUGGUAAAGUCUUUGGAGAAGAUUUUCUUAAUAUACACAGUAGUAAUGUUUCCUUAAUCAGCAACUUUCUAAAAAGUAAAACCACAUCAAAACUGAUUAGUACAUUACCUCGUCUAAGACCAAGCUUAUUUAUUUCUCAAUGAAAUGGGUUGAAUCCUUAAUAUUUGUUGACAUAAGUCCACUACAAGGCUAUAAAAUUACAGAUAAGUGUUUUGCCAUAAGACAUUAGCUGUUGGAUCACAUUUAAGUUUUUAUGAGUUGCCUGAUCUAAGAGGUCCUGGAGAUUGUUCUGACAGUCAUACACAUUCAUAAUCACUGUAGCAUUUCCUUUAUCUGCUGGCAGAAUAAUAAUACUCUCGUGUGCAUUAAGUUUGUUUUAAGGAACAUGUUUCUCCCAUUGUCAAUAUAAUGGUGAGGGGAUGAGAUCUCUUUAAAAUUUGACCAGUCAUGUCUUAUUUCUUCUAUAGCAGUGUUUCUCAACAUUAAGAUCUGGAGGCUUCAACUCCCAGAAUUCCCCCAGCCAGGAUGUACCUAAAAGCAUGCUUGCUGGGGGAAUUCUGGGAGUUGAUGUCCAUGCAUCUUAAUGUUACAAAGGAUGAGAAAGACUGUUUCACAUAUGAGAUAACAUCUCAUAUCUACUGAGUAGGUGAUUGGAAAGUGAAUGAUUGUACAGGUAGUCCUUGAGUUACAACGUUCAAAGUUACAGCGGCAAUGAAAAGAGUGACUUAUGACUGUUUUUCACACUUACAACCAUUGCAGCAUCCCCAUGGUCACGUGAUCUAAAUUCAGAUGCUUGGCAACUGACUCGUAUUUAUGACGGUUGCUGUGUCCCACAACUUAACAAAUGUGGCAAGAAAAGUCGUAAAAUGGGGCAAAACUCACUUAACAAAUUUCUCACUUAGCGACAUAAAUUUUGGAGCUCAAUUGUGGUCGUAAGUCGAGGACUACCUUUGAGAUGGGCAGCUAUACAAAUUGAGAAAAAGAAAGAGAGAAAGAGAUCUGUGUUUUGAAGAGCUUCCAGGUUUCCAUAUAAACCUGAUGGAAAAUAUCCUUGCCAUAGAGGCGAACAAUAUAUUGAUGCAGCUUUCUGUAGCAUCUGAAAAUUACCAGGGAGAUCACUUUACCUCUGAAGAUCCAGCCAUAAUUGGAUUGUCUUAAAUUCUCAGAAUACCAGAUAAUUGGACCAUGCCCUAUAAGCCCGGAAGUUCAUCCCCACUGCAAGUGUCAAUCUUUGCUUUGAAAUUUGGGUUUAGGGAAUAAAAAUGUGUGGUAGUAAUAGCAAAUUUCAACAAACCACAUACAAAUUAUUAUAUUUACUUUUGUUAUACUAUUCUAUUAAGAUCUGUAAGUUAUAAUUAAUAAUAAUUAUUUGGAAAAUAAUUGAAUUGGGAAAAACAACCAUUUGAAUUGUUUUAUUUUUGUAAAGACAGUCACGUUAGGAAUUUUUGUUUGAGCAAUAACCCCAAAACAUGUUUGAGUGCAUUUGAGUUCAAAAAAAUCUCAUAACGUAAGCAAAAGGUUUUGUUACAAUUACCUUUUCUCUACACUGAAUGUUUUUUGUAUGUAUUUUACAUAUAUACUUGUAUUGUUUGAUAUGCAGUGAUGUGAUGACUUUUCUUUGAAUCUUUAAUUUAGACUGGGUUUAUCUAACAAUUCAUGCAAAGGGACUUUCCCAUUUUCUGUGCUUCCCAGAGGAAGCAACUCCUGGAACAGCUUCCCACGAAACAUGGGAGCCUUUGAUAGGGAGAGAGAAUAAGUCACCUCUGCAGUUGUUCAAAAAGUCACAAUGCAUUGAUUUUGGCAUACUGCAAUGAGAUAUAAAAUGCAUAACUGCUCUGAACUGGCUGAUGCCAUUCUUGCAUGCCUGAAGUUACUCUGAGGGAUCACAAAAUGAUUAUUGAAAGCAAUGCCACUUCAAUAGUUGUUUCUAAAUUACCCUAAUUACUCUUUUGGUAAACUAUUUGUAUAGUAUCUUAUUCAGUGGAAACUACACAACAGUGUAAUUACAAUAAUUACAAAAUCUGUCAAAAUAUUACAGUAUUAUUCAGUGGAAUCUACACAAUAGAGUAAUUAAAAUCAAUAAUGACAAAAUCUGUCAAAAUAUUACAUUGGAUACUCCUAUAAAUAUAUUCAAUUAUUUGAAUGUUCAGCUGGGAUGGGACGAUGAGGCAAAGGGAAAUUACAGUAUAGUUUUGAAUAUAUUUGUCUGGUAGUAAGAUCCACUGUUUUCACGUGAGCCUGUUCUUAACUAAAUGUACAUCGAAUUGUGUGGUUUUAUUCCUUUCUUU